AUGGCAGUUGACCAGGCGUUGUCGAAUGGCACGAGCCACAACUCAAUGAGUCUGAACGAAAUCAUCAUCCAGUCAUAUCAAGUCUUUGACCUGCGCUUCCCCACAAGCCUCACCUCAGCAGGUUCAGAUGCAAUGAAUGGCGCUCCUGACUACAGUGCCGCUUACAUCGUUUUGAGUACCAACUCGCAUUUGGCAGGACACGGCUUUUCGUUCACCAUCGGCCGCGGGAAUGAUCUGGUCUGUCAAGCUGCUCGUGCCACAGCUGAGCGCCUCGUGGGCAAGCGACUCUCUGAUCUGACGUCUGACAUGGGCAAAACAUGGCGCUUCCUCGUCUCCGAUUCUCAACUCCGGUGGGUCGGUCCUGAAAAGGGGGUCACCCACCUGGCUCUGGCUGCCUGUGUCAACGCCCUAUGGGACCUCUGGGGGCGAGCGGAGAAGAAACCCGUCUGGAAGCUCAUCGCCGAUAUGCGGCCGGAGGAGUUUGUGAGGUGUAUUGACUUCCGCUAUAUUGAGGACGCCAUUACCCCGUCGGAGGCAAUCGCUCUAUUGAAAGCGCAGGAGGCAUCAAAGCCACAGCGACUUCGCGAUGCUGAGGCUGAUCGGGCGGUACCUGCAUACUCGACAGAAGCUGGGUGGUUGGGGUAUUCGGACGAAAAGAUGCGAAAGUUGAUGAAAGACCUUCUUGCGGCUGGCCACGACAAGUUCAAACUAAAGGUUGGGAGGGAUCUUGAGGAUGAUAAGCGACGGUGCCGGAUCGCCAGAGAACUAAUGGGAGAGGACAAGACCUUGAUGGUCGAUGCGAAUCAGGUCUGGGGCGUGUCCGAGGCCAUUCAGUGGAUGCUUCAGCUGGCCGAGUUCAAACCAGCAUUUAUCGAGGAGCCAACAUCACCCGAUGACAUUCUUGGACACGCUGCUGUCCGAAAAGCCCUGAAAGCUCACGGAAUAGGGGUCGCGACAGGAGAGAUGUGCCAUAACCGAGUGAUGUUCAAGCAAUUACUCCAGGCUGAGGCUAUUGAUGUUUGCCAAAUUGAUGCCUGCCGUUUAGGGGGCGUUAAUGAGGUCCUAGCGGUCCUCCUGAUGGCAAAAAAGUUUGGAGUUCCAGUUGUCCCGCAUAGUGGUGGCAUAGGCUUGAAUGAGUAUACGCAGCACCUGUCUUUGGUAGAUUACCUUUGCGUAUCUGGGAAACAGAGCAUGCUCGAGAACAUCACCACCUAUAACCACGUCCUCACAACACCACUGCAGACGCGUGAUGGCUUUUUUGUGACGCCAUUGGAGUCCGGCUACAGUGUCGAGUUUCGAGAGACGGCAAUCGAGCAGUACAGCUAUCCAGAUGGCACUUUCUGGCGCUCUCAGGAUGGCUUGUCGAUCAUCAACAGCGGUCUCGUUUGA